AAGCUGGCCUGGUAAGUGCCUGAAAGGGCAACAUAUACAUGGAUCAUUCUGGCGGUUGUGAGUAGAUCCUAGGGUAGCAAGAGAGGGAUUUGGCAGAUGUUUUUGGACCAUCCCGAGGAUUGUUGACAGAUGAAUAUAUCUCUCCCAGUUGAAACGGUAGCGCAUCUAAUCUAUAAGAAUAGAUGCCGACAGAUGGCCUGUUCGGACAGAUGCUGUGUGAAAGUGCCCAUUGUUUCUCCAAAGUCAAAGGCAAAAAGAUCUGAUCGAAGAAGAGCCGCGCACUGGAGGUGAGUAGCCUCAACACCGACCCGGAUCGUCGAAAUGGAUCCGAGAAUCUGGAGCCUCCUGCCCCGAGAGCUGCUCGAGCACGUCCUCUCUUUCCUGCCUCUCAGGGCCUUCCUCAUCCUCAGGUCCACCUGCAAGCACUUCGACUCUCUCCUCUUCGCUCCGUCCUUCGUCUCCAAACACUCCUCCUCUCGGUCUCUCUCCUCCUUCCUCCUCCUCUCUCACCCCCACUGCCACCAACACUACCCUCUCUAUGACUCCGCCGCCGGCACUUGGCGCUCCUCUGCCCUCUCCCCCGCCCUUCUCCUCCCUAAGUUCAAGAACUCCUCCCUCAUCUCCGCCUCCAACGGCCUCCUCUGCUUCUCCCUCCCCAAUUCCUCUUCCUUCCUCAUAUGCAACCUCCUGACCAAGUCCCGGAGAGAGAUCAAGUUCCCGUCCUUCCCCUUCGUCUUCGAGCUCCUCAACUUCGUCUCGACCCCGAAGCUCGGCUACAAGAUCUUCAUCCUCGCCUCCGGAUCCUCCCGGGCCGAAGCUUUCCUGUAUGACUCCAGAUAUCACUCGUGGCAGAAGGUCAACUGUUUUGACCGGAUCCUGGGCGACACCCACCACCAGGAAGGCGUGUAUUUCGAUGGGCGCCUGUACUUUGCGAUGUCGGAGCCGUUCUCGAUCGUCUGCUUCAACCCGGAGGCCGGGAUGAUGGAGCACUGCAGGUCGGAGCUACUGCCGCAGCCCGACGAGCUCACCUUCGCGAGGCUGGUGAGCGACGGCGGGGAGAGGCUGUACCUGGUGGGGGGGAUCGGGACGAACGGGAUAUCGAGGGGCAUGAAGCUGUGGGUGCUGAGCGGAGGAGGAGGAGGAGGGGGAGGGGGUAGGUGGGAGGAGGUGGAGAGCUUGCCGGAGCUGAUGUGCAGGAAGUUCAUGUCGGUGUGCUACCACAACUACGAGCACGUGUACUGCUUCUGGCACCAAGGGAUGGUGUGCAUCUGCUGCUACACAUGGCCGGAGAUUCUGUACUACAGGGCUUCCAGGCGGACAUGGCACUGGUUGCCCAAGUGCCCUUCGCUACCUGAGAAAUGGAGCUGUGGCUUUAAGUGGUACUCUUUCCUUCCAGAGAUAUCUGCCAUGGCUUGAGCCUGCUGUUACACCUGUCGAAAUAAAUCAAAGUCCCAAUUUUUGCAUGCGAGUUGCUCAGAUCAGAAUGACAGUGCUCUGUUCUAUG